GACCCGGGCAGCCUCAGGACCCGCCGCCUCCCGCGGCUGGUUUGCACCCCGGGACAGCCCCCGGCGCGUCCUGGUCACCCCGAGGGUGGGGUGGAGGGUCCCGGCCGAGCGGGUGGACCGGGCGGGAGCGCGGUGCAGCUCAGCUCCCCGGGGUGGCCGAGGCUCUCCUCGCGACACCGCACCGCGCCUGUUUUUCUCAGCACCUUUCGAAACCUCGGAUUUUUCUCUUUUCCUUUCUGCUCCCUACACAAAAUCUUGGGGCCCUGCUAGCCGUGUGGCUGGGUUCUUGUGGCGCUGCCGCUGUCUUUCCAAUAGAUAGGAAGAGAAAACCUUGGGGGACACGCCCCCCAGCCUGAAGCCGAGAGAUUGUGUAACCCCUCGUUUCAUCCUCAUCUUCAUUACCGUGGUGCAAGGCGCCUGUGCUGCCGAGCUAGGUUUGCGUGCGGGUGGUUUUUUCUUAAUUGAAGGGGAUUUAAGAGUAAUUAACAUUUUCAGAGAAUAGGGAUUCCACUUUAGGAAUGGAGAAAUUGGUUAGUUUUCUGAUUACUUAUUUUUUCCCCCUCUCGUAUUGGCAAACGUUUUAGCAUCUUUUUAAAAAUUUUAGUUUUGAUGGAGUUUGUUCAUACUGUCAUUGAAUGGGUGGGUGUCUCUCCUGCUUUAUUGGGUGCCACUCAUCAUAUUCUCAUUUGAGUACCAUUAAUUUAUAACUCUGAGUUGUAGGAUAUUAUACUUGGCCAUUGUAAUUUGUGAAGUAUGAUGGAAAAAAAUCUUGACUUUGAAAUUUUAAAAACUUUAUUGAAAAGACAUAGGUAUACCUUUGAUGGAACUGGUGAACAAUGGGAUUGGAACAGCGGUUUGUUGGUAAUUGUAAUUUUUAUUGUUGUGGGUUCAUCUUUGCAAGUGAGUCAGAAAGGGAGAUGAUAGAGUAACAGAGAGGGAGAAAGAGAGAGGAGAGAGAGAACAUUGUCUUCUGUUUUUAGAGAUUAUGGCCUUUUGCUUUAGCAUGGGUCUCUAAUGGACUCCAGAAGUCACUUGGUUUUGUUUUCCUCAACUAUCUGUAGUUGAAAUGAAUGGCUCUUUAGUCAAAAAGUAUCAUUAAACACUGUUGCCAGAUUUUGUUUAUAUUGUAGCCAGGUAAUCUUUUGAUCAUAAGUUACAAAUAGUGUUGUGUGGUCAAAUAAUUAUUAAAUGAUUUUAAGGAAAAUUAAUUUUGUUAAGGGUAGGGACUAUUUUGGUCACUGUCACAUAACAUUUUGUCCUCCCUUAGUGCCCUCAUCUUGAUAAAUGUGAUGUAAUUUUUUUCCCAAAGAAAAUUGAAAGUGUAUGGAGUAUUUUUUGAGUAAAUUGUAUUAGACCUGCUAAUCUAAGUAGGCUUGCAAUUUUUGUAAUUUUCAUAAAUUACAGAUAAAAAGCAUUAUCUUUGGAUAAAAAUACAUAAUACCAGCUAAUGUAUAGUGAAUUCUUACUAUGUGAUAGACAGAGUUGCAAGCAGAAUACAUUGUUUUAUCUGGUUUAGUGUAACAGAUCAUUAGGAAAGAAUCAUUGUCCCUACUUUAAAAAUGAGGCUAACACAUAGAGUGAUUAUAUUUAAUUUUAUUAGUAUUUUUUCCAUUGUAAUAGGGAUGCAUAGUAAAGCAAAAUGUCUGUUAACAAAUACUGGUUAAAAUUUAGAGCAUGAUGUCAAAAUCAAGUUAAAGUCAUAGUACAAAUAUAAAGACCUUUUUAAUAACCUCCUUUAUGCUGUAAUGUUCAUGCCAUGAUAAAUCAAUAUGUAUUUAUAAUUUUCAAAAAGAAACAAGUUCAGGAAGAAAGCUUAUUUUGACACCCUAGCUUUUGUUAACAUUUUGAUAUCACAACUAUUAACAGUCAUGUGGUGUUUAAGGAUAGGACAUUUGCAGUUCCCUCAUUGUGCAAGCAUCAUGGAAUGUACUUAACAAACCUAGGUGGUAUAGUCUACUACUUUGCCUCCUAUUGUGUGCCUGCUGUGUCCUUAAGACAUUGUCCUGUAGAGUGUGACUAUACCUUCAUGUUCUAGGAGAAAGAUGAAUAAUUUGAUGUUUAUGUUUACUGCAUACAUAAUGUUUAUUUAGGUGUUAAUUGGUCCAAUUUUAUCAUUGUACAUUCAGCCGUAUGCCUUUUAUCAUCCCACAAGUUUUUUUUUUGUUUUUUUUUUUUUUGCUUCACUAUAGAUACAAAAUACUUCUGCAACAAAAAUUUACCAGAUUUUCUUGUGAUUUCUCCCAGUUAAUACAUAAGAAAUAGUAGAAAGCACUUGUUUAAGUAAAAUCAUCAUAGUUCCAUGACAGGAAAUCCUAAAGAGAGGCCAUCUGAAAGCAACAUGAGUAGCUUAGCCUGGAAAGUAUUGAUUCCCAAAUAUUCCUCUCCUUUCCUGGGAAUAGUCCACAUAUUUUGAGAGAUGAUAUAAUAUUUUCAAAGUAGUUUUAAUUUUGGGUUAUUGUAAUUGAACAUAAUGUUCUGUAAAUAUCAGAAGAAAAAAGGGAAGAAAGAGAUCUUAUAAAAUUAGAAGGAAAACGCUCUAAAUUUUUUAUACAGCCAUCUAUCACUGAAUAAGAUUGCAGCUCUAGAUCCCAAAGUUGAUACAUGUGGAAUUGGAGGGGAAAAGUGGUACUUGUGAAUACCAUCUAUAUGGGGGUGCAUUUAAAAUCAGUCCCCUUCCAUUAUGUAUAAAUGUAAUGCACCCAUAAAAAAAAAAGGAAAAAAUGAAUCAGCCCUUUUAUAAAUGCUAAAUGAAAAGUUAAACACAAGUCAACUGAAACUUUUUCUAUGACCAGUUUUUAUAAAUGAGGAAAAGCACAAUUAAAUAGAAUAUGCUGGCAAAACAGAGAGAGCAAAGCCACCUCUCAGGUCAUCUGGAUGUAGUUGACUAAAGCUUUCCUUGAUGCUUCUGUGCAGAAUGUGCUGUGGCUGAGGUGGUUCAGGAUGACACCAAGGCAGUAUAGACAUCUCUAUCCUGAUAGAUUUGUUCACCAUUUCUGUCUGAAGAAUGAUAGUGUGUUUUAGUUUUGGCAGCGAUUGAUGUACAAGGAAAAAAACUUGUUGUAAAUCAGAACACAGAAAAUUUUGUGAACAUGAAUAAUUGGAUGAUUACUAUAAAGAGAAAAAUAAGUAACUGUAGUAUGAAUGUAACUGUACUAAAGAAUUCUCUGGGACUGGGCUUGUGGCUCAGUGGUAGAGUGCUCGUCUAGCACUCAUGAGGCACUGGAUUCCAUUUUCAAUACCACAUAAAAAUAAAUAAAUAAAGGUGUUGUGCCCAUCUACAAGUAAAAAACAAAUAUUAAAAAAGAAUUCUCUGGCAUUCUGUUGUUUGUUCCAUUGCAUAUUUUGGAUAAAGUUGGAUGAAAGAUCAGGAAAUGAUGUUAAUAAGAGCAAAGGGCAAAAUUUUGCACAUGGAUAGUUAGGGUAGCUGGUAAUUUUUGGAUUAUUUUUUCACCUAAAAAAAAAAAUAAAAGAAUCAUACUUCAGUUUGAUUGAAGGAGGAGAGGUAUUUUUAACUAUAAAAGAAAAAUAAAUCUGGGCUGGGGUUGUGGCUCAGUGGCAGAGCGCUUGCCUAGCAUGUGUGAGGCACUGGGUUUGAUUCUCUGCACUGCCUAUCAAUACAUAAAAUAAAGGUCCAUUGACAACUAAAAAAUAUUUUAAAAAAAGGAAAAAUGAAUCAUUUUCUUAAAUUUAUUUUUAUGGACCAUCAGGAGUAAAUAAAAAUAUUCUUUGAAAGCUGUAUAGAGUACAUAAAAUAUUUUAGAAUAACACAUAAAGUUUUUUUGGUGUGUGUGCUGGGGAUUGAACCCAGGGCUUUAUAUAUGAGAGGCAAGCACUCUAUCAACUGAUCUAUAUCACUAGCCCCUAAAGAUGAUUCUUAAUAAAAAUAUAGCUCCCUGUGUGGAUAUCUACACAUAUGAAAUGGAUAAGACUGGUAGAAAGACGUACUAUUUGGACUUCACAGUGACUUGAAGGGGCAGUUUAAAAUAAUAAUAGCAGAGCAUGGUUAUUUCUCACUGACCCUUAAUUUUAACCUUAAGGCUAUACCUGAACAUCUCUAGUAUUUCUUAUUUCCUUACCAGUGUAUUCUUUUUUUUUUUUUUAAUAUUUUAUUUAUUUAUUUAGUUUUUGGCAGACACAACAUCUUUGUUUGUAUGUGGUGCUGAGAAUUGAACCCGGGCUGCAUGCAUGCCUGGCGAGCGUGCUACCGCUUGAGCCACAUCCCCAGCCCCUUUACCAGUGUAUUCUUGCUAGUUUAUUUUCUUUUGGGUAAUGUUUAUAUUUUUCAUUGAUAACUCCAACUGGGAUAAGGCAUUCUACAAAUUUAUUACUUAUUACAGUUAUAAAAAUUUAUUCUAAAGUAAACUUUUUAAGCCUUAAGAAGUAUCCUUUUAUUCUAAUGACCUAAGUGUGAUGAAUUGUUUUGUCUUCAUUCUGCCCAUGGUUUCCUAUCAGAUGUUUUAGACUGAUCAUAUCUCAGCCUUUAUGUCUAGGAUGAAGCGUCUUGGUUCCAAAGUAUGGAAAUCUUUGCCUCUUCUGCAUUUUUUUCCCCUGUCCUUCAUGGUCACUCAAAUCUAUACAGUAUUCGAGUUGUAAUAUACUUUUUCGGGGGGGGGGGUACCAGGGAUUGAACCCAGGGGCGCACAACCCUGAGCCACAUCCCCAGCCCUUUUUUUAUUUUUUAUUUUGAGACAGGGUCUUGGGGAAGUUGCUGAGGCUGGCUUUGAAUUUGUGAUCCUCCUGCCUCAGCCUCUUGAGUCACUGGGAUUACAGGUGUGCGCCACUGUGCCUGGCCCAUACUUUCAUUUUUAAGUAAUCAAAGAUACCACUUAAGCAAAACAUCUAGUCUUUCUUUUUAAACAUUUACUUUCAAAUCAAUUGUCUGAAAUUAGAUAAAAAUAAUAUUUUUAAAAAGUAGCUCUGUAUUUUGACUUUUUUGUGUGUGUAAAUUGAAAACCAUAUAUAAAAUUGUGUCUGCUGAAGUAGUGAACCUGAGUAAAGGUUGUGAUUUGUUUGUUUUGGCAACAGAUGGUAAAUAUAGGAUCCUAGCUGUUGGGUGCAAGCAUGCGCUCUCUCUGCCUGUGUGUGUGUGCAUGUGUGUUGUGGGGUUUUUUGUUUUUUUUUUGGUACUGGGGAUUGAACUCAGGGGCACAUGACCACUGAGCCACAUCCCCAGCCCUAUUUUGUAUUUUAUUUAGAGACAGGGUCUCACUGAGUUGCUUAGCGCUUCAUCGUUGCUGAGGCUGGCUUUGAACUCGCGAUCCUCCUGCCUCAGCUUCCUGAGCCGCUGGGAUUACAGGCGUGUGCCACGAUGCCCGGUGCAUGUGCGUUUUGAACUGCGUAUUUUACAAUAAAAUUUCACUGUCCCCUGCUAAAAGAAAGCCAUGAAGAAGAUUGUUCAUACAGAAGACCCAUUUAAUGAUGAGCAUCGGGAGAAGCAAGAGGUAGAAAUGUUGGCUAAGAAGUUUGAAAUGAAAUAUGGUGGGAAACCCCGUAAGCACCGGAAGGAUCGGCUACAAGAUUUAAUUGACAUAGGCUUUGGCUAUGAUGAGACAGAUCCAUUUAUUGAUAACUCAGAGGCUUAUGAUGAAUUAGUACCUGCUUCUUUAACAACAAAGUAUGGAGGCUUUUAUAUCAACACUGGCACUCUGCAGUUUCGCCAAGCUUCAGAUACUGAAGAAGAAGAUAUCACAGACAACCAAAAGCACAAGCCACCCAAGGUUCCCAAAAUAAAAGAAGAUGAUAUCGAAAUGAAGAAGCGGAAACGAAAAGAGGAAGGGGAAAAGGAGAAGAAACCAAGGAAAAAAGUACCUAAACAACUGGGAGUUGUGGCUCUAAAUUCACACAAGUCUGAAAAAAAGAAGAAACGAUAUAAAGAUUCUCUUUCUCUAGCUGCCAUGAUUCGAAAAUUUCAGAAAGAGAAGGAUGCAUUAAAAACAGAGUCUAACCCCAAAGUUCCUGUGACCUUAUCGACCUCCUCUCUUACCAAGCCUCUUUGUGCUGCUACAGCAUUGGGGAAUGACGUCCCAGAAUUAAAUCUGAACAGCACUGAUCCAGAGCUCCCCAUUUUUGUUAGCACAAAUGAACACGAAUUGUUUCAGGAAGCUGAAAAUGCCCUAGAGAUACUGGAUGAUUUCGACUUUGACAGAUUACUGGAUGCUGCUUCUGAUGGUAGCCCCCUAUCUGAAUCAGGGGGAGAAAAUGGAAACACCACCCAGCCAACCUUCACCUCUCAGGUUAUGCCUAAGGUGGUACCUACACUCCCAGAAGGUCUACCUGUACUUCUUGAAAAACGCAUCGAGGACCUCCGUGUAGCUGCCAAACUUUUUGAUGAAGAAGGAAGGAAAAAAUUCUUUACACAGGAUAUGAAUAAUAUUCUUUUAGACAUUGAGUUACAGCUACAAGAAUUAGGCCCUGUUAUUCGUAGUGGUGUCUACUCCCAUCUUGAAGCAUUUGUGCCAUGCAAUAAAGAAACACUGGUAAAACGGCUAAAGAAGUUACACCUCAAUGUCCAGGAUGAUCGUUUAAGAGAACCUCUGCAAAAACUGAAACUGGCUGUUAGCAAUGUUAUGCCUGAACAGCUAUUUAAAUACCAGGAGGAUUGCCAGGCUCGUAGUCAAGCUAAGUGUGCCAAGUUGCAAACAGAUGAAGAACGAGAAAAGAAUGGAUCUGAGGAAGAUGAUGAUGAGAAACCAGGGAAGCGUGUCAUAGGACCAAGAAAGAAAUUCCACUGGGAUGACACAAUUAGAACUUUAUUAUGUAACCUCGUCGAGAUCAAAUUGGGAUGCUAUGAGUUGGAGCCAAAUAAAAGCCAGUCUGCUGAGGAUUAUCUUAAAUCCUUCAUGGAAACAGAGGUGAAGCCCUUGUGGCCUAAGGGCUGGAUGCAGGCGAGAAUGCUUUUUAAGGAAAGCCGGAGUGUACAUAAUCAUCUUACUUCUGCUCCGGCAAAGAAAAAGGUGAUUCCUGCACCCAAACCCAAAGUAAAGGAGGUGAUAGGAAAGAACCUUCCUCUCCAUUCUUUCCCCACUAUGCUUAAGGAGUGUAGCCCAAAAAAGGACCAGAAAGCUCCUGCAUCCUUGGUGGCUUCAGCCAGUGGUCCUUCCACAAGCUCCAGCACUUCUGUUGUUGCCUCAACCAGCUCCAGCUCAACACCAGCCCAGGAAACCAUCUGCCUCGACGACUCCCUAGACGAAGACCUUUCUUACCACUCACCUUCACUAGAUCUUGUUUCUGAAGCUUUAGCUGUCAUCAACAAUGGGAAUAAGGGCCCUACAGUUGGUCCAAGAAUAAACAUGCCAACUACAAAACCUCGUCCAGGACUGAGAGAAGAAAAAUUAGCAAGUAUCAUGAGUAAGCUGCCACUGACUACUCCCAAAAAACUAGAUUCCACUCAGACUGCACAUUCAUCGAGUCUUAUUGCUGGCCACACUGGGCCAGUACCAAAGAAACCCCAGGAUUUAGCUCAUACUGGCAUCUCUUCAGGCCUUAUUGCUGGUUCUUCAAUUCAGAACCCUAAAGUUUCCUUAGAACCUUUGCCAGCCAGGCUACUUCAGCAAGGACUACAAAGGUCAAGCCAGAUUCAUGCUUCUUCCUCUUCGCAGACUCAUGUCUCCUCUUCCCAAGCCCAAGUUGCUGCCUCCUCUCAUGCUCUGGGAACAUCCGAGGCCCAAGAAGCUUCUUCAUUAACACAAGUAACAAAGGUGCACCAGCAUUCAGCUGUCCAACAGAACUAUGUGUCUCCAUUACAAGCAACCAUUAGUAAAUCACAUACCAACCCAGUGGUGAAAUUAAGUAAUAAUCCCCAGCUUACCUGUUCAUCCCCACUCAUUAAGACUUCAGAGAAGCCACUUAUAUACCGCCUUCCCUUAUCUACGCCCUCGCCUGGAAAUGGUUCUCAGGGGUCCCACCCCCUGGUUUCUAGGACAGCACCGAGCACCACUACCUCUAGUAACUAUUUAGCCAAGGCUAUGGUGUCACAGAUUUCCACGCAGGGUUUCAAAUCUCCUUUUUCAAUGGCUGCAUCCCCAAAACUUGCCGCAUCUCCCAAACCUGCUACAUCUCCCAAACCCUUGCCCUCACCCAAGCCUUCUGCUUCACCCAAGCCCUCUCUUUCAGCUAAGCCUUCAGUAUCAACUAAACUUAUUUCUAAGUCCAACCCCACUCCCAAGCCUACUGUAUCCCCAAGUUCUUCCAGUCCAAGUGCACUAGUAGCCCAGAGUUGCCACUCCACCAGUAACAACCCAGUUCAUAAACAGCCCAGUGGAGUCAACAUCAGCAGGCAGUCUCCCACCUUGAAUUUAUUGCCCUCUAAUCGCACUUCAGGCCUUCCAUCUACAAAAAAUCUUCAGGCCCCUUCAAAACUAACAAACUCAUCAUCCACUGGAACUAUUGGGAAGAACAGCUUGAGUGGAAUUGCAAUGAAUGUACCUGCCAGCAGAGGUAGCAACCUUAACUCAAGCGGAACUAAUAGAACUAGUCUAUCUGGGGGAACAGGAAGUGGAACACAGGGUGCUACUAAACCGUUGUCUACUCCACAUAGACCAUCUUCAGCCUCAGGGUCUUCAGUGGUAACAGCCAGUGUGCAGUCCACAGCAGGAGCAUCAUUAUUGGCUAAUGCCUCACCUCUGACUCUCAUGACAUCACCUUUGUCUGUAACAAAUCAAAAUGUGACUCCUUUUGGGAUGCUGGGUGGCCUUGUUCCAGUGACCAUGCCCUUCCAGUUUCCCUUGGAGCUACUUGGCUUUGGAACGGACACAGCUGGAGUGACAGCCACCUCAGGAUCUACCUCAGCCGCUUUCCACCAUAGCCUCACUCAGAAUUUACUAAAGGGUUUACAGCCAGGAGCUCAGCAUACAGCAACACUUUCCCAUUCACCUCUGCCUACACAUUUACAGCAAACAUUUAAUGAUGGAGGCCAAAGUAAAGGGGACACUAAGUUACCACGGAAAUCUCAGUGACUUCUCAGCAAGCAGAGAGAUGAGACGUGUAGCUGGCUGACGGGAUCUACCUGAUGGGAAAGUCCUUAUGUGGUCACAGGGCUGCUGUUUCUGUCGAUGUUUACAUUCUCGUCCCAAGCACUGUGGUGAGGAGGAAAAGGAAAGAAAACAUUACUUGAGCAAAGCCAGGUGCAGGAGGAAGAAAUGCUUUUGUGCAAAGUUAGUGACCUUUGGUCUCUGCUAAAGAAAGACAAAGUUACCAUGUUACCUGACUUGAAAGAGACUCAGCUGUCAAACCCACAGAAGUACAAAUUAUUUUCCCCUGGGGGAGGAAGGAGGAAGUUGAGAGGAUUUGGGUAAACACCAUCCAUCCUGGGGGUUGGCUCUGAACACUUGUAGACAUAAUUGAAUAAUAAAAGCAAUAGAUCUGGAAUUAGGCUAGUUUGUCAGGAGUAAUAAUCAUGCCUGUUUAAGUGGACAUUUAGCAAAUUUGCAACAAAAUAAUUAGGUGACCCUAUGUCUGAUAUAAACACUAGCUGAAGAAAUACUGUACCCUCAAACAUCCUGAGCAAACUUGAAUCUUCUCCAGUAUGUAGCAACUCCCCGUGUAAAUCAGUGGACUGAAGAUGCUUCAGGAAAGUUAUUUUAGCACAGUUAUGUAUAUUACUAAAUCAUUUAGAUUUUUAAAAGUCAAGAAAUUGAGCCUGUUGCUCUUAACAGACAAAAACCUACAUGUCCCCUUUUUUGUGAAAGGGUCAAUUUCAUCUUCCACUCAGAAGUAGGUACUUAACUCUUUUCUUCAGGUGAUUUAUGUAUCUAGUUUUGACUGGUUCAUUUUUAUUUCUAGUCUUGAUGUUAAAAUGUGACUCAGUUUCACUUGAGUAAUGGAAAUCUUUAUUAUAGGGCUGCUGCUUUCCUCAUCUUCAUUCACCCUUGCAGGCCCUACCAACAAAAACUGUAAAUUCCCCCAAGUUCACCUCACAACUUCCCUCUCUCUUCCUUCAGCUAGGGGUUCUUCAGGUGAUUGUUGGCUGUUGACACAAACAGGUGGCAGUGAGUACUACCUGUGUUUUCUCACUGGUCAUCCAAAUAGCACAUAUAUAGUUGUUUGGUUUUUUAAUUUUUAGGGAGAGGAAUUGCAUUAGGCUCAUUAUGUACAAGGGAGUAUCUUUUUUAUAACAAUCACAAUGUGGUUUAACUCGCUUUAUCCAAUGUUGUGAAAUUGUUUCAAGCAUUUAGAGUUUUAAAGCUUUACUGAUAUUUCUCAGUGUUGAUAGCAAGUAAGCCUACAAAGAAGACUACUUAGUUAUUAUAGCUUCUUUAACUAAGCAAAUAGCAUAGCUAACAAAGGAUGUGAAGGGAACCAUUUAUAGUUCUCUUUGCAUACAUUUUAUUUUGCCUCUUCAUCAUUCUGUUAUCUCUUGAGUUUUAAACUUAUAAGUAUUUUCAAACUAUACCCAAGAAUGGUUAAGCUCUGCAUGGUGUAACCUUGGUCAGUUUAUGGCAGACUAACCAAAAAAUCAGCACUAGAUUGGUGAUAGCAAGCUUUCUUCCAUAUUUCCAUUACCCUGUACCAGUAAGCUUAUUCAAAUAAGAGUAUUAAUGAGGCCCUUUUUUUUCCUUUAGUAAACAGAAGUCCCAAAUAGCCUACAGGACUAUAAAUAAUCACAGAUCUGUUCAGAUCUACAUGCCUAUAUUUUGACUUCAAAGUCACAUUGGCUUGUUUUAUAGCAAAAGGGUUAAUAAAUAACUGAAAACUUUAGUUCCGAGAACUUGUUACAGUAAGGAGAAAUGAUUAUUUCAAAGGAAUCAUUGAUAUAAUAUUUCACCUCUUCAGAAUUUAGUUUACCAAUAAAACAAAUGUGGAUGAAUCCUGGUAGAUAUUUUGGAGGGAUACUGGGAUGUUAUAAAGAGGUUUGAUUUGAAUUCAGUAAGUUUGAUUAAGAUUUAUUUGAUUUUUUAAUUAGGGAAGCUUACUAGACUCAUGAUUAUUCCAUUGUAACAGACCUCUUGCUUUUGCCUUUGCUCAUAUUCCUGGGUACGGUGAUGAGUUUUCCUUCCAAAAGGGAGCUUUACUUUACUUUGUCUGCCAGGAAAGAAGUUAGAGAGUAUAUUAACCUUGCCUUCCUGCCAAUAGCUGUAUAUGGCGUUCACAUGUGUAUGUGUGUGCACAUAUACACAUGUAUCUUCUUAUGAAUUGCUGGUAUAAGUCAAAGAAUAAUAAUUGUAAUUUCUUAAAUCCACCAAUUCUGAAUCAUGCUAUAUGAAGAUCCUUGAGGACUCUGCCUUCAUUAGAAAACAUCAGGAUUAAUUCUCUCCUGUGUCAUUUUAUGCUACCCAGUCAAAUACCUGAAGGCCCUUAGCUCUGAGAAUAUGAUAUAGAGAUUAUGUUCUAUUCUCUUCAGUCUUGAAUCCUUGACAACUAUAUCAGAUCUCCACCUCAGCAACCCCCUUCCCCAUUUUACUGAUCAAUUUUUAUUGGUUUCAAUCAAGACCCCUCUUUUAUGUUGUACAAAUGGGUCAAAAUCCUUGUCUUUCUCCAUAAAGUAUGAUCAGAGAUUUCUGCAUGUAAAUACAAACAUUUCUUUUCUAGAUCCUAACAUUGAAAAUGGUGUCCAAGCUUCAUGGUCACCUGUCUUUACAGUUUUUAUUACUAAAAAACAAACAUAUAAAUUGGUUAUUUUUUAACAGAGACUUGUGACUCAUACUGUAUUUUUGCACUUAAAAUCAAAUUAUGUUAUUUUUUAAAAUGGUGAAUGAUUGGAAAGGUUAUCUAUAGAACAAUGUGUAUUUCUAAAGAGCAUUAGCAACAUCCACAUGCAAAAGUAAUCAGCACACUUAAUUAUAUCCCACUCAGCGGGAUUCUUGAUUCAGGAAGAUUAAGCUGUUUGUUUCCAACUGUCUUAUGUUUGAAAUUGCCUUCACUGAUAUAUAAGCUGUUACUGUACAUACUAGGUAAUCCUCAGUAUUCACAAGCAAUAACGGUCAGCAGAGCUGUCCUCAGAGAUAGCAGUGCUGGGCCUUAGCUGGAGACUGUUUGGGAGCAAAGUGUCAAGCUCAUUCAGAGCCUCCAAAGUAAAUGCAAGCAAUAAUUUCCAUUAUAAGUUAAUUAUAAUUUUUUCUCAUAUGCUUCUGAUAUCAGAGGUUUAGAAAUCAUGAUUUUAAAACAUCCUGAAGAAAAGGUUUUGGGAAAAGAAGUGAGGUUGAUCUGUAGCCACAAAAUCCUGAUAUCUUAAAGAAAUCAAGAGGAUUGUGCUAGUAAAUUGUUGUAUGCCCACCACCCCUUUGAUGGAUGUUGUUAGCCCAAAUUACAUUAUUUUGUAUCAUAGACACUGAAUCGGGUUUAUUGGAUUUCCGACAUAAGGGGAAGAACUGGGCACAGAAAAGUUUUUUAAUACUGUGGGUUUGACACCUGUUUGAAAACAACUUAUUGGAACUGAUUUUUAACCCAGGAUAUUUGUUUCCCAAAGCAGAUCUAAAUUGUUUACUACCCAGGGAUGGAAAGGGCAGGCACCUCUAGUCUCUCUCCUCUGGUUGCCUUCUCCCAUACUCCUUUCCACCUCUACUUGGUUUAAGACAUUUUCUGAAAUGAAAAUUCUACUGUUAUUCAAACUGCCAUUGAUAUUGAGAACUCUGUGUCCUUUGGGAUCACCUCUCAAACUCCAGUUAUCUAUCAUAUUUGCUGCUACCUUUGUAAAAUGAACUUGUAUUUGGAUGACUUUAAUUUACACUUCUUUAUUUCUAGGAGUUUUGUCAUAUAAUUUGACCCAUGUGUAGAAUUAGGAUACUUUAUUUUAGGAGUGUACCAUAAAAAAGCACACUGGUCCCUAUAUUGUUUUUAUCAUUUUGUUUUGAAUUUGCUUGCUUCAUUUGUUGGCUUUUGUUGUUUUUCAAGUUGAAAAUAGAAGAAUGAGAAAAAUCUUAUAAUCAGGCCAAACUUGAGAACUUUCCCUGUGCUUCAGCACUAUGAUUUCUGCUGACCUAAUGUUCUCAGAAGGGGCACUUUUACUUUCUAUUUUGCAUGUAUGAUUGUUUUUUUGUUGUUUUUGCUUUGUGUGGGGUGCUUUCAGUUUUGUAAAAAUGAAGCAGAAGAAAAGUGCAGUAGUAGAUAAAUGACUGAUCACAAACAUGUUAUGCAAUUUUAUUUUAUAAAAUUUUAAGGGAAAAGUUUAACUCUUUGUAAAUAAUUUCUUAGCUCUGAUAAAUGCUUAUAUUACUCCUCUAAAACAUGCUCAAUUCAGGCCUUUGUCUUUGUUAAGUGCCUUUUUUUUUUUUUCCUUUAUUUUUUUCCCCUCUUUCGAAAGUGUUCUCAGAUCUCCUAAAGUGCAGACUGAUAAGUCAGGGGGAUUCAGGAGGAAGAAUGUCAAACUUGCCAAUGUCACGUCAUGCUGUAAUGUUCUUCCUUUUCUUUAUGUGUAUAUGGCUAUAUUGAAAGAUACGUAUAGACUUACAGAUAAAACUAGUGGCUGCUGUAUCAUUGCAUCCUCUCUGAACACUCCCCUUUCAACAUUUGCAAAACUUCUGCCUUGUUUAUUCUGUUGCUUUUAGUCAAGUUGAUUAAAUAGGUGGAUUGGGAAAUUGUCUUUUCACAAAAUGCUAUCUUUCCCCUUUAAAUAUCUGUUUGUAGAUGUAACAGAUAUAUAUACAUAUAUAUAUAUAUAUAAAUAUAUAGUUUUACGAGUAAAAUAAAUUUAGCAGAUUCGUUGACUAUUCCUGGAUAUAACCUACUGCUCCAUGCAUUCAAACUUGGCAUACGUAAUAUAGGAGAAAGCAUUGGACCAACAAGAGUCUCUUGUGGAUUGAAUUGAUUAAGUGCACUGUGGCAGGCAAGACUCAAAACUUGUAGGGCUAGAGUUGGAACCGUGUGAUGCUAUCUGAAUACAUUUUGAAGGAAGUUUGCAACUGUGUCAACAUUAAAAAUGUAUCAUUUUCUUCUGGAGAAAUGAUUUUUAAAGAAAUCAUAGCUACAUAUUUAUUAUAACAUUAAUAAACAUAGAAGUAGAACAACUUCAGAUACUGAGGACGACACUCAUAUAAUCUAUAGCAUUCUUGAGAGCUCUUCAGCCUUUAUUUUUUUAGUCAGAUAACUACAUUUGGCUCUGAUUUUCUGGUUGUUUAGAUUUCUCCCUUGAGCAAAAUACUAUAAUUUUCAGUAUCUUAAGAUUUGUCUGUUUCUUGUGAAAAAUAUAUAAAUGUGACAUGUUAAGGGAGACUAAAUUGAACCAAUCCUCAAAAACAAUACAGUAUAUCUAAUAAGUGCCCCCUUUUAAGUAAAAUUUUAUUUGAGGAAAAGAGACUGGUGGCUAAAAGGAGAAAGCAGAGACUUCUAGUAGCAAAACUUUAUCAGGCAGCCAGAGUUCAGUAGUGUGUGUUAAUUUCUAAAUUACUGUGUCUACGGGGACAUCAUUUAACUAACCUUUGUGCCUCAGAUUACCCAUGAGACAAUUGGGUAUAAAUAUUCACCUACCUCCCAGGGAUAUCAGAGACUUUACUAUUUCAAAAAUAUUUUGAGUUUUUCUAAAAUGUCCUAUAUAAUUAAAAAUACUAUUACAUCCUGCAGAGGCUAAAAAAUGAUUUCCUUGUAUGGAUAUAAAGAGUACCCCACAAUUUUUAAGUUUUAAAAAAUAUCACUGAAACUCUAAUUUAGAUACGUAUUUGUUAUUCAAACAUAGUAUAUAGGGAAAAAAUGGUUAGCUUCAGAUUAACAAAGCUGGGGGAUGACACUAAGUUUCUUAAAUAUAAGGGGUGUUUUGUUUUUAGUUUUUUAUGGGGUUACUGCUUAUAUGAUUUUUGCAAAGGUCUUUGUGGAGCUAAAGUUGUUUGGAUGAUUGAUUAUUGGAAUUGAUAAAUUAUUCUGAAAGUUUUAUCUGCCUCACUUUUUCAUCUUCUCAAUCUAAUUUUCUUAUAUUACUUGUUUGGUGAUGGAUAACCAAGUUUUAACUGUCUAAGAAUGAAGGGGAGCCUCCUUAUGCUUGUAAAUCAGACACCGCAUGCAAUUCCUGUAACUGUAGAUUUAUCCAGCUCUGCACUGAAGGAGCAAGCACUACACAUAGCCAGCUGCAUACACUUUUAGCCAGUUCUACCUUUAUGUUUCAGGCUUCUCCAGCCUACACAAGAGUUGGAGCUAUCAGCUGCUCAGGUUGUAGGAAAAUGGGACAGGGAAGGCGGGAUUCGUUUCACAGCUGGGCCAGGGGUGGGGAUGGUCAGGAGAGAAGGAAACAUGGUUUCGCCAGCUCCCGGUAGGAAAUGAAGAUCAAUUCAUCCCACUUUCCAUCCCUAUGUACUAGUAAUACUUAGAAUUUUCCUUUUGUCACUUAAAACAACAGGAAAAAAAUGGAUGCUGCAAUUUUAGUUAGGGCUAAAUGUUAGGAUGUGUGUGUGAGUUUAAAGUGUAGCAUAUAUUCAGGGUCAGGAAAGAGAAUGCAGGGGUUUGAGGAACAGUUCCAGCUCAAGUGAGUUAGGAGAAAGCACCAGGCCCAAGCAGACAAAGCAUCUGGUUAAUUCCAGAAUUGGUUAAGACCCAGUUAAUCUCUAGUGAUAUGGUUUGGUUUGGUCUGGUUUUAAAUCACCUUUUUGACUUUUUGUUGCUUUUUCCAGAUAAGGCCUUAGUUAGUAGCCUCUAAAUAUCAACUAUGCAGAUAACCCUACUUUUUAUUUAACACAUUUCCCUAUUUUGCCAUUCUUCAGAUAACAAAUGUUAAGACUUCUACCCAAAGAACUAAGACAAAAGGGUUUUGUUGAAUGUGUGUUUGUUCCUCCAGGGAAAACUAACAGAAGUAUAAAAUAGACAUAGUUUAUGUGUUUAUCCUAAAAUGUGAACUUAAAAUUCAAAGGCUAACUGCAGACCCUUUCACUAGUGUGGAACUGCAGUUAGUGUUGUGGAAUGUCUGGUUUGUUAGGAUGAAAUCAUCCCAGUGUUCCAUUCUGGAGUUUUGGAUUCUGUGACACAGUGUUCAGAUUUAUAGAGCUGAACAGGUGGUCAGACUCAAAUUAAAAAUAGCUUUGAAUAGUAAUGUUGAAUUAUUCUUUCUUCAUUUCCUUAGUCUUUGUUCUUCUUUCCUUUGCUGUGAGCUCUUAAGUUAACCAUGUCAUCAACCAGUAUCUCUACCCCCAAUAAAAGUGGCAUAUUGUUUAGGGUCUGGAGAGGAAAGGUCAAACUGUCUUCACAUCCUCUUCUCACUCACUGUGGUGCUGUUUCCAAUGACCCCACUGAGCUCUAAAGCCUACAAUUUGAGAAACUAUUGACAUCCCAGCAGAGGAUGCAGGCAGAGACUGCCUUAGGAGUGGCAUUUCCCUCAUAUACUCCCUAAGUACCAUUUGCUUGAAACUAGCUAUUUGUGCGUUUUGUUUAUUUCUUCAUACUGUAGUAUUUCUACUUCUCAGUCUUUUCUCCAGAUUUCCAUUUUAUAGUCAGUUAGUACUUAAACUGUGGACACUUUUUCAAACUGUUAUCCAGACAGGUCAAGAACGCUCUUUGAAAUCUCUGUCAUAUAAUUAAAGAUCUUUGUGUCCAGGACUUGAUGACUGGAAUUUUUUUCUCCUUUGGAUUAUUGAAAAAAAUAGAUUGCAUAGGCUGGAGUUAUAACUCAGUGGUAUAGUGCAUGCUUAGCAUGCGCAAGACUGAGUUGGAUCCCCAGCACCACACACACACACACACAAAAUGUUACUAUAUAAUGUGGUAAUAGCAUAUUUUGUGGCUUCCUCCUAAUAGCUUUCACAGUUAUUGCAGACCUGUUUCAGGGGCUCUUGUUUCUCUGACAGUCUUCAUACUUCCCUUAGCACAAAUCUACUUUGCAAAAUCUGAGUCAAGCAGGCUUUAUUGAAUCCUUAGUACCAAUUUUAUGUUCCUCAGAAAACUUUGUAUACAGUAUUUGCUCCCAUUUGCUAUUAGUAAUAGAAUUCUAUCUUAAAUCUGGCUUUUAGAUAUUUUAUAAUACAGCACUAGUAGAAGCCUGAUUGAAAUACAGUUGAUUAUUACUCACAAUGACUUGAAAUUACUUCUAAUUACAGAGCACAUUUAGCAGUUAGCAGCAACCAAGACUGGUUGGUUGACAUGUUUUUCUGACAGCCUGCCCUUAAAUCAUCGGACCUUAGCUAUCCUGUGUUUUCUGUGCUUACAGUCAUAAACUUUCCUCCUUUUUUUGCUGAUCUCUGCUGUUUUUAGGAGUAGUGUGCCCUCUGUCUGAAAAAUUGGGUUUUCUUUCCCUUACCUGCAAAAUUACCAAGGAUUUCCUCAAUUUUGCCUAGCAGCAUUAAAAGGAAAAGAGUUAUUGUCAGUUGACAAAGACGUUACUGUUUUAUAUAAUUAGUUGGAAAGUUUGGCCAACUUUGGUCGGGUUUUUGUUUGUUUUCUUUUUUGUUUUAUCUUGGCUAUGCCUACAUAAUGAAUUACAUACACCUUCUGACACCUUCAGAUAAUCAGGGGGCCUUCUACCAGUGCAGGUUGAUUCUUACCCUACAAAUGAUUGCCUCUGAUCCAUGGCUAGCCUCCAGAGAAGAGAUCCAAGCUUUGAACUGUUCAUUUAUCAACUGCCAUUGAAAAAUUAUUUUAUGAAGUAUCAGAAAUAGAAAAUUGUUCUUUGAAGAAAGCCUGUAAAUCUGAGGCUCGCCCAUGUCUCUUGCUAAGCACUGUCAAACUUUAAAGAAGAGGAAAAUAAAUCUCUGGCUGGUUGAAAAUUUUUAUGCCCCAAAUAAUAUAUUAAAGUCUACUAAGGUAACUAAGUAAUGAGUGUUUUCUCUCUUUAAUUAUGAACAAGAAGAUUUAUUUGAGGUUGUAAAAAUUAUUAUGAAACUGCAGGCCUAUUUGUUAUUUGCUAUUGAUUCGAAAUCAUGAGUCUGAUUUUUAGUCUGAGUAAGCACAUAUUUCCAAUCCUUACCUUAUGAAUUUUGAUAAGGGAAAAACUUGUUUGCAGCAGAAGGAAAAACAGAACUUUAAAUAUCCACUCUACAGAGGGGCUUCCCUCCAAUUAAACAGUCCCUCUUCUUUAGCCACCUUCACACUUAACAGAUGCCACCAUGUUUUAGAAGCAGUCACAAGAGCCCAAGGAGUAGACAGACGGUCCUCUAGGUGAAGGGCACGACUUUCUGUGUUGCACCUGCUGGUAGGGAGGCACAUUUUUGCUAACUUGAAGGGAUAAUGCUGUAUUUCAAAUAAGUGUGUGACUUAAUAUUUUGGGAUUUUUUUUUUCCUCCUUUAAAAACUGGACCUGAACACAAGCUUUGAGUUGAUAUUUGUAAUAAUCUCAGGACCUGAAAGAUUGUAGCAUUUAGUGUGUCUUAAAAAUUAUGUACUGUACCAGCCAUGGAUUUUUGUAAAUAUACCUGUCUCCCUUUUUUGUAUUAUUUUAGUAAAAAAAAUAAUAAUAAAUUUAAAUAAAAGGGGGUGGUGAUGACA